GAAAACGUCAAAUUGGACAAAUUCUCAGGAAAAAAAAUGUUUAUUUGUUAUCUUGAAAAAUAAACUGAUUAAACAACAUACAGCAAUCUUUCUAAAUCCAAUACCUUUGAUUUGAUUUCAAAACACAAAUUUUACAUGUUAAAUCGAAACAGUACUGUGUCGCAUCCGAGUGCUAAAAGGAAAAUGUCUACACCAACAAGCGACGGCUCUCCGCCACCAGAAUUUACCACGAUCAACUUCGCAGCCGACAGAUAUCCCUAUUGCAUUGUUUGGACUCCAAUUCCAGUUCUGACAUGGUUCUUCCCAUUCAUCGGACACAUGGGCAUCGCCAUGUCCAAUGGAGUUAUCCGCGAUUUCGCUGGCUCUUAUUUUGUUUCCGAGGACAACAUGGCUUUCGGACGACCCACUCGCUACCUGCAACUAAGUUUAGACAACGUCGUCGGAGGACAGUGCGAAUGGGACGAAGCAGUGUCCAAGGCGUCAGUACUAUACGGAACUCGGAUGCACAACCUGUUCUGUGACAAUUGCCAUUCGCAUGUUGCCGCAGCUCUCAUUGGAAUGAGAUACAAGAACCGCACCAAUUGGAACAUGAUCAUACUCUCGUUCUGGGUGUUCUUCCGGGCAAAGUUUGUCGGAAUCAUGGGAUUUGUUAAGACUUUCCUACCUUUCCUGAUUGUCGUCUCGCUGUGUGUCAUCCUAUCCGUCUACUUGUAGUUCAAUUAUUUUCGUUUCUUUCUAGACUUCUAGUUUUCAUAAGCUUUAUAAAUAUUAUCGGUGUCGUUGGUGAUUGAUAAGAGAUUUGUAAACGGGUGUCAAGUACACCUGGUUAAUUAUCUAGCAUAGCAAAGCCCCCGAUGACAAAUUAAUACAGAAUCUUAAUCUUAA